AGCGAGCGAGCCUGGGGCGAGCGAGCAAUGCAGCAGACCUAAUUGAUGUAGUUGGGAAUUUUUUUAAUUUUGCUUUAGCGCAUUGCAUUGUGGUCGAAUAUUAGAUAGACCCACAAUGCUAUGCGUGAAUCAACUUUAUAUAAUUAUAUUGUUUCUUCCCAUGUGCUUCAAUGAGCUUCCUUUUCCAUUGGGCAUUCUGGUGAACAGUUAAAGAAUUUUGUGAUUGCCUGUUUCUUAGCUUUUUCACCCUCAUUUCAUCGCUGAUUAUUACAUUCGCAGAUCAUUAAUCGAGACCGCAGGUAAGCAAGCAUGAUCAUGUGCCGUUGAUCGCAAAUAUAUCUCAUGCCUUUCGCAGAGCCAGCAGAGGCUAGGCGAUAUAAAGAACAAUUACUUCAUGAUGUAAUUUUUGUUUUAACAGAGUUUUUGAUACCAUUCUGUUCUACUCUCCUCAAGUUGGUGUUAAGCACGAGGGUCGCGCGGGCGACAUUUGUGCAACGGUAUCGUGUGGUUCAAGACCAAGUUGGGUCCAAAGGGUAUUGUGUUGUUACUGAAACGUCCGUGCCUCCUGAAGAUAAGAAGUUUGACGAGCUGGUUGCCAUGAUCAACGUAAUCGCCUGUAAGCAGCAGAAACUAGAGGAAUGUUUGACAGCCGCAGUAAACCAGAACGGAGAGCAACAAAAAAGAAACAACUUCCACGCUACAUCUGGGAGAAGAAAUAGACCACCCAUUGUAUGUUACAACUGUGGACAGCCUGGGUAUCUGGCCAAAGAUUGCGGACAAGAGAACAGUGAGAAUUUUGGCUACGAAAUUUAUAAGCAGAUCAAGGGGGAAGAUGAAUUUGAAAAAAAGAUGAAAGAAGCGAACACGUUUCGACAGACUGGCAUUUUUGAUGGCAUAAAAUUAGCGCUCGAGAAGAAUAAGAUCAAACUCCUGUUUGGUGUGGCAGCGCUGAGCAGAGGCAAAAGACCAACACAUGCUGUUGGUAUCGCAGCGCGCGGUGUUGCUACGGUCGUAAACGAUCCCCAAUUUCCCCCAUGCGAGUUUUUUACCCCCGGAAGAUCUUUUCCUGUCUGCCUUCGUCAUGCGACUCUAAAAUCCAUCGACGACGCCAUGUUGGAUUUCCUCAGUGCUUCAAUCAGAUUUGCCGACAGCGAGGAAGAGAAAAGCCAGCUGGAUAUCCUCAUGUCGACGGGAAGAAGCAACCCUUUGUCCAAUGUGAAGGGGAUUUACGACGCUGUUGCAGCCAACAAGAGUGGCAACCUCAAAGACUAUUAUCUCGAUAGCCCAGACCGACUUGCGAGCAACAUAGAUGGUUUGCGGCGAGCACCAGAUUCAUUUUUCGAUCAACGGUAUUAUUCUGAAAUUAUCCUGGGAUUCAACGCCUCUGACGCUGUGCAGCGCUACGCCAGAUUCCGACUGAUACCAGAAGAUGGCUCUAUGGAAACGGGUUUGUUAUCUAAAGACAACCAAAGACAUAUUUGGAAAAACGAAAGACUGCCUUCAGAAAUCAGAUCCAAAGACUAUUUGAAAGAAGAAUUCAAACAAAGAAUUUUGGCUGGGGCUGUGCGAUACAAACUGCAGAUGACUCUGCACCAGGCCCAAUCUGAUGACCCGCCUGGUAUUUUGGAUAUCGCGAAGUACUGGGACGAAACUACCCACGAAUGGGUGGACGUAGCUGACGUCACUUUAACAACUCUACUCACUCCGGAUACAACGGCUGGGUUGCGGUACAAUCCAGGCAAUUUGCCUGAUUCUCUCUAUUUUCUCCCGGCUCGGUCCAUUCACGAUUCCAAUUGCAUCGCUCACAUUCGAAUGGAGGUCUACGCAUUCACACAGCAGUUUCGCUACAUUCGAAGUUCGAAAAUGCAGCCUGAUCACGUGGCCACAUACACUAUUCAGGUGGAUGCAGCGGGCCACGCGACCUCAAAAGCUGGCGACAAUCACGCUAACAUUUCUAUAUCUCUCACAGGAUCGAAGGGGAAAACAGAAAGGCUUUCACUCAAUUCUCUGUCGGAUGAGGUCAGUUCCGCAAGCGAGUAUACAUUGCAGGCGAUGGAUAUUGGUGAAGUUCUCAUGGUCCAUAUUUUUAACGACAGUCGCUCUUGGUACAAAGAUUGUGAUUGGUUCUGCAACAAGAUCACAGUUACCAGUUCAAAGUACGAAAAGUCCUUGGAGUUUCCGUGUUACCGAUGGGUGGUAUCAAAUAUGGUUAUCUUUCAAGCAAUGGCCGUACUUCCUUUUCAAGACCAGCCAGAAGCGAUCAGACUAGAGCGAGUUCUCGAGUUGCAAGAACGUAAAACGAAAUACCGCUGGGGGGAAAUGCCUUCGACCGGGAGUGGGGGUUUGCCCGGGUUCGUUCACGCACCACAACACGAAGAUAUACCCAGAGAUUCGCAAUUUUCCGUCGAAGCUAGUGUUGCGUUUAAUCGUGGCCGCGUGUUCGGAGGAGUAAACCUGGGUCUCUCGUUUGUCUACAACGCUUUUACCAGCUGGGAUGAUUUCGACUGCUUCAAGAAGAUCUUCACAGGUUGGACGGGCGAUGUUCCCGAAAUCAGCAGGAAUGAAAUGUGGAUGGAGGACAGAAUUUUUGGCUAUCAGUUCCUGAAUGGCUGUAAUCCGUGUACCAUCAGACGUUGCAAUGAACUGCCAGAAAACUUUCCCGUCACAGACAAAAUGGUAAAGAAUUUUCUCGACCGAGGACAGACAUUGACAGAAGAGAUUAAGAACGGGCACGUCUACAUUGUCGAUUACAAGGAUCUGGAAGGAAUCAAGCGAAAUGGCGAAGAUGGGUGCUCUGAAUUAUGUUACGCUGCAGAACCUCUUUGCUUGUUUUACGUGAGAAGUUCUGGAGAUUUGAUACCCAUUGCAAUUCAACUUUUUCAACAGCCUGGUGAAACCAACCCGAUCUGGACACCCGAUGACGCAAAAUAUGACUGGCUUCUAGCCAAAAUGUGGUUCCGCAACGCUGACCACCAAAUACAUCAGAUGGAAAUACAUCUUCUAAGGACACAUUUAGUUAUGGAAGCAUUUUCUGUCGCCGCGUGGCGUCAGUUGCCAUCGAUCCAUCCAGUGUUUCAGCUUCUCUUUCCGCACCUUCGUUCCGUCAUGGCCAUUAACACGAUUGGAAGAAAUGAACUGGUCUCUAAAGGUGGAAUUGUCGACAAAACACUUAGCAUCGGCGGUGGAGGCCACAUUGAACUUUUGGAAAAGACGUACAGUAAUUUCAUGUUCGAGAUGCUGUCUCUCCCUGAUAUGUUAAAAUCUAGAGGUGUGGACGACACUGACAAACUACCAAACUACUACUACAGGGACGAUGGACUUCUUUUGUGGGCAGCAAUUUCUAAUUUCAUCGUGGAGUUUCUUAGCAUUUUCUACCAUUCCGAUGAUGACGUAUACCGCGACCACGAGAUACAGUCGUGGGUGGCUGACAUACACGAUAAUGGUCUGCCGACAAGAGAGGGCGAUGUUGAUCAUGGAUUUCCAUCGUGUCUCCAUACACGAGAUGAACUGGCGCACGUGUUGACCUGUAUUAUAUUCACGUGUUCAUGCCAACACGCAGCAGUUAACUUCCCACAGCUGGAAAUCACUGGAUUUAUCCCAAAUGUUCCUCCUGCGAUGCGACAGCCACCACCAGCGAAAAAAAACCAGGCAAACUUGCAAUCUAUCAUGGAGACACUUCCCAAUAAAAGCCAAGCAGGUUGGCACGUCGGCACUAUGUACACACUAACGAGGAUUGCAGAGGAUGAGCGUUACAUUGGAGACUACACGGAAGGUCUUUUGAGCGGCACUGAAAUAGAAGGUGUUACAUCUCGUUUCCAAUCCUCCCUCCUGAAUAUCUCGAAAGCAAUCAGGAAGCGCAAUGCAUCAGUGGAGUUUCCUUACACAUAUUUGUUGCCUGAGCGAGUGCCGAACAGCAUUGGAAUCUAAAGAGAUCUCGAGAGAGUCUUACAUCUGUCUUGAAUGAGUUAACUUGAACAUUAUGCACUAAAUAUGUAGUUGUAAACAGUAUCUUUGCACCAAGGUUAAAAACAUUUAGUUUGCUUGUUGAAUAAAACGAUAGAC